AUGACUGCCCGUCUCAGCGUCUUUGGCCUCGAGGGCAUGGUCGGCCCGGCACCGGCGUCGCCAGCGUCGCCGAGCGAGGCGGACAAGGCGCAGCCGAUGCAGCGCAGGAGGAGCAGGAGCGCGACGAGGGUUCUCGAGGAGGCAAGGCCGCAGCGCGAGGAGGUCGUCGCGCCCGUCGCUCGCGGUGUGCGCGCGCCCUCGCCUCGUCGGGACACGGCGGUCGACGCGUACUACUCGGGGACGGUGCCGCGCGGCCGCGAGCCGUCCUCGUCCUCGGCGCAGUCGGCAAGGGCCGCCGCCGGACCCGUCUCGCCUCGUGCGACGCCGACGCAGCGCCUGUCGCAGCAUGGCCCGCCUCGCGCCGCCUCUCAGAACGUGUUGGCGGGCCUCGCGCCAUCGUCAUCGUUCUGGUCCGUCGACGCGGCGAGCCUCCCGCCAAGCGGCAACGGCGAGUCGGUAGCGCCGCCGAGGCGCGAGAGCCUGCAGGCUCGGGCCGUGUACGGUCGGCCGCAGACGGCGUCGUCGGCGAGGGAGAUGAGCAGGGCCAGGAGCGUCGGCGGCGAGGACAUGGGCAGCAGGGCGCAGCAGAGGAGGGAAAGCCUCGCGGCGGCGGCGAGCCUUGCUCAAGAGCCGGGUCAAGCAGAUCUCGACUCUCGCGCCCGCAACUGCGCCCCGUCGCAGCUGGACUACUCGCUCGGUCCGCCGUCAAGCUUCGCCGGCCGCCCGACGCUCCCGCCUGGCGCGGCACCGCCCCAACCCGUCGGCUCGGCGGGAUCGUACGACCGACUCGCAGCGCUCUACGGUCCGCCCAUCGCCGCCACCUCGAGUCGGUCGGCCACGUCCCUCGCCGAGACGACGACGACGAGCUCGCCCGUCACGCUCUUCACCCGGCAAGUGUCGAACGACUCGGGCAGCGACGGCAGCGCGACGACGCCUGGAGCGUCCGACAGCGAGCAGAGCGACGAGCUCGACGCGCCGGUCCCGUUGAAGCCGCUCGUCGCGGCCGACGACCUGUCGGGCCACGUCACGCCUCGACAACUACCACGUGCGCCUGCGCCACCGGCGUCGCAAGAAGUCGGAGGGUUCCCGUCGCCUGUUCGAGGUCGUCCGCUGUCGAGCGCGCCGGCGCUGCCGCUGCCUCGCCCGGCGAGCAGCGUCUCGUCCCAGUCGACAGUCCGCUCUCCGACCUCGCCGCGCAUCGAGCGCUCGUCUUUGCCGCCGAGUCGUCUCUCCGACCACGUCGAGGUGCGCAACGCCGACACGCCGACCAAGCUCGUCAAGCGUCGCUCGUCGACGUUCGCCCCGCCCGCACCUCCUGUUCCUCAGCCGAUCGUUCGCCCUCCCCUUCCUCCCUCGCUCUCGGCCGCAUCGCCCACCAUGCUCGCCACGCACACGUUGCCGUCAAAGAGCCGAGCCGCGAGGCCAAUCACGCCGCCUAAAUCGCCCGACCGAGCGAGGAAGGCCCUCUUCCCCGCGCCCGAGUCGACGGCGACAAGCCCGCCGCCUCGUCGCUCGUCCCUCAUCCAGGGCACUCGAAGCGCCAUCGUCCCGUCGACGCCAAGGGCGUCGGUCCCGCCGUCACUGGGCUCGGCCUCGCAGCUCGGCUCGUCCACCUCGCCGUCGCGCCAGUGGCGGGAGAGCCCGACGACGCCGCGCUCGCGCGUCGUCGACGAGCAGCCGUCGCCGACCAAGCGCAUCGGCACGUCGGGUGCGCUGACGCCACGAGCGGCGGCACUGGCGGCGGCGAGGGAGCGCGAGAAGAAGCUCGCGUCGUCGAACGAGGCGCCGGCCCUCAUCUCGUCGCACGCGCCUAUCUCGCCACCCCUGUCCGACCACGGCUCGCCCAUCGAGCAAGUCGCGCCUGUCAAGCCGGUCGAGCCGGUCGUCGAGGACCGCUCGAGCCCACGCGUCGAGCUCGCCUUCGCCCUGUACCCCUUGCCCAUCCUCCGGUCCCUCCUGCGGCACAUCAACUACGCCGACAUCGUCUCGCUCCAGCUCGUCUCGCGCACGCUUCGGCGCGCCGUCGAGGUCGACAGCAAGGAGCUCGUUCUCGAGCGGUUCCUCGGCGCGUACGGGUACCGCAGCCUCGCCCGUCAGUCCGCCGCGCCGACCAAGGCGGCAGGCUUCCUUCCCUCCUCGGCGAGCGACAUCGUGCUCGACCUGCGCGACCUGUCGGCGUUCCGCGCGGCCCUGCGCGUCUCGUUCGACGAGCACGCCCACCUCGCAAGGGUCUACACGCACGACCCCGCGCGGUUCUCGCAGGCGUCGCUGCGCCUCGCUCGGGCGACGACGCGCGCCUGGAACCGCGUCGUCCUGCGCCUGCGCCUGCAGACCACCCUCCCGUCGUCGUCGUUCGCCGCGCCGACCUUCCCCGAGCUGCCGGCGACGAGCUCGCCCGUGUACAAGACGGGCCGGGCGCCGAGCCUGCGCGUGUGGGUCCCGACGCGCAACGGCGAGAGCUGGAUGGCCGACGGCGAGGUCAUCGAGUGCGAGCGCGAGGUGUGGAGGAGCAGCGGGGCGUGGGCGCAGCUCAGGAGGGGGGACGUCGUCGCCAACGUGGCGAUCCCGGCGUUCGGCAAUGUCGGCACGCUCGUGUUCGACGGCAAGUUCCUGCGCGACCUCAGCUUUGAGCACGACGUCGUCGGGCAUCUCCCUGCAUGGCUCAACAUGCUCGGUUUCUCGCCGAGCCACUUCCACAACAUCAUCGUCGCCUCGUCGUCCAACCCCGUCUUCUACCUCUCGCUCGCGCCUUACGUGGACGCCGUCCGCGAGUCGCUCGUCCUGUGCAAGGACCGCGUCGCCGUCUCGUCGCCGCAGGGCAACUACCUCGUGUCGCGCUACGUGUACCGAGCCGCGCUGCGCCUCCUCGCGGGCCAGAUGAUCGGCGACGUUGCCGGCGCAGGCGGCGCAGGACCAGGAGGGAUCGAGGUCGUGCACCCCGACUGGGCAGGCGAGAUCGUCGUCGAGACAGAGGGGACGACCGAGGCGGCGACGCUGCUUCUCGCUCGAGUCGCCUCGGCCGAGCCCGUACCGUGGCGCAUCUUGCGCGAGAAGAGCCGCCCUGGCCGGGUCUGGCUCAAGCCCGUCGUCGCAGGCGGCGACAACGUCUGAAACCGACCUUCAUCUUUCGAUGCUCUCUUUCUUUCUGCGACGCCGGCCGUCUCUCUCCCUCCUUCUUCCUCAUGUUGUACUCUCUCGAGCGUCAUGAUGUCGUUGGAAUCCUCGCUUUGCCAU